AUGGGAGUCGCGCCGCCGGCACCGCGGCGAAAGAGAGAUGGCGUCAAAAAGAAAGCCAAACCCGUCAAGAAGACAAAUGUGACCUCGAUCGACGCGCUCGUGGUGCACAAGACAAAGCUGACGCCCGCCGACGAGGCCAUGCUCUUCGAAUCGAACAAGUCGGCACUCUCACACGAGCGCUUCACUCGCGCGAUCUACUCCGUCAUCUCUCAAUACCACCAAGCAUACAUCGAUUGGUAUCCAUAUGAUCCAAAGAGCUACGAGCGACAAGGGUACAGUGAGUUCCAUCUGGAGAACUACGCCAAGGCGGUCGAGCGGCUCAGUCAGGCUGUGUACCUUGGGGCGAACUCGGCCAAGAUGUGGCGCACCCUCGGUCGAGCAUGCUUUCAUUUGUGGAAACAAACACACGACUGGGGUUUGCUGUGGGAUGCCAAGUCUUGCUUUGAGAACGGCCUUCGUUUUGUGGAGGUCGCGAUGAAUCCUUACGCGUUGUUUGAGUACUCCCAUGUGCUGGAAGGUCUGGGCGAGUUUGGCGCGGCGCUGGGCGUGGUUCGAACCCUGCUCUACUCGUUUCCCCAAUUUGCCAAGGCCGACCAUGUCGUGCUGCGCGCGGUCGUCCUCAUGUUUCACACCGUCGUGUUCAACAAGCAGCAGGGCCAAAACGAUGCUGCGACCAACGACAAAGCGCGCCAGGAUAUGCUUGAUCAAUGCUGCGACUACUGCAAGUUUAUCAUUGACAAGGACGUGUCCAAGACCGACAUGUACUUGACGUUGCUGUACGUCACUGCCCGAGUCCACGAAGCGGCCGUCAUCCCCCGCACCGUCAAGUACGCGGCCAAGACGUACGAGGAGCUCUACCGCGUUGGCCUACGUCUUGGAAUUGUAACGCCGAUUGUCGGGUGCGGAUGGCUCGAGUGGUUUCGAUCGUGCACGACGUGGAGUGUGUGGGUACAGUACUUUGACAAACGCGACGACCUCAUCUUGGCGGUGGACGCGGCACAAGAAGGUAUCAAGCGCAUCGACGUGGCGAAGGAUCGGGUGUGGAAUCGAGCGACGUUCUCGUGGGAGCCCGAAGCGACCAUGUGGUACACGCUCGGCAACCUGUUUUUCAAAUGCAACGACAUGAUCCCGGCCGUCGCUGCCAUGGAAACGAGCUUGUACUUUGGUCGAUACCGCACCGACGUUCGAGACAAGGUAACGCAAUGGCACCCCACUCAAUGGAGCUCGCCACUAGCGUCCGAAAUCUCAAGCCAGGUGAAAAUCGCCGCCUUGUUGCGCGGGGUUUGGGGCCGCGACAAAGCCAAGCGCCAUAAAGUGUGGGUCAUCCAAGAUGCAAUGGACCAGUACCGCAAGUCGCCAUACACAUCGCUGCGCGCGCGGAAGGUCCUGGUCAAGUUCAUGGCCGAAACGUACGCGCCCAAGUUUGCCGCCCAAGACGUGGCCGCUCGUCGGAUUCAAAAAAUCGGCAAGCGGUUUGCCCUGCACAUGCGAAUCUUCUACACAAACGAAACGAAUCGACAGACUCGCCUCGAUGCAAUUAUCCAGCGAUGGGCCGUGGCGCCAUUCGAUCGGUUGCUGCGGGAUGAACUUGCGUUGCUAUCUCCAACCCAUCGCGCCAUGUUUGCUCGACAGCACGAUGCGGCGGUUCGCAUUCAAAGUCUCCAGCGGGGUCGCUGCGCGCGAUACAAGUACUUCCGCCUUCUAACCGAAGACAAGGUCCUCCGGUCGGAAAGACUGAGGGUGUACAAUGCAGCAUGCAGGAUUCAGCGUCGGUUCCGCACCAUUCGAAGCAAUGCACUGCUGCACACGCGGCACAUUCUGCGGCACAAGAAAGAGCGGCUGGCGGUCAACCUCCAACGCCUCUACCGACGGAAAAAGUCCCUGCUCGUGCGCUUCUUGCAGCGUCAGGCCCAACGAAAGCAAGACGAAGCGCGAAAUAUACUGCGGCGGGGAAAAUGCGUCAAAAUUCAAACGUGGUGGCGACGGCGCCGAGCAGCGUGGAUGCAAGACGAACCGAUCAACGAAGCGUCGUUUCUGCUGGAGCGGCUCCUGCGCGGCCACGACGCGCUCAUGAAGGACGAGAAAGACUUGGACUUUUACGCGCGGCGGAUCCAAGCAUUGUACCGUGGGCGCCAAGAUCGGCUGUGCCUACGUGGCCUUCGCCGAGUCCGCAUGCCACCGGUGCCAUCCAUCGUCCACCGCCUGAUUCAAGAAGCACAUGCGACUGGCAGGGGCAACGUAGCUGUUUUGAGCGACCCCACGGCACCGCCGCUGACCGCUGCGCUCCGCGACAUGAUGCAUCGGCGGCACGCUACAAUGGUCGUCGCGUUUCAAGCACCCCCUCAACCGGCCACGUGGUCGACUAUGUCGACGAUGUUAAAACAAGGCGGGGGAGCCGCAGUCGAGACUCUACUUGUGGGCGGCGGUAGCCGAAUCAGGGGAACUGGCAUGAGUGCACUGGUCGAAGCACUUCGUGGAAACCAACUCAAGCAUUUGCGGGUGUUGGGAAUCGGUCGUAACGAGAUCGUCGCAGAUGGACCAGGAUGCAUGCCGUGCAGAGACCUCUCGACGUGCUUGCAAACAGCGCAUUUUCAACUGCGCCAUCUCAUUGUCGAAGACAACAACUUGACGGACGUCGGCGCGAUGCAUGUGGCUUCCGCCAUCGGCGAUUACUUUUUCGGCCGAUAUGGGCACUUGGAACGACUCGUCUUGGGACGAGUGGGACUGACCGACGCCGCGUGCCAAGCAUUUGGGCAAGCGCUAUCGAUCAACACGGUGCUGCGGACCCUCGACUUGCAUGGGAAUCGCAUUCACGACGAAGGCGCGUCCGCCCUCGCCACGGGGUUCCACAAAUCCAGGACGCUGCAGACCCUCGACCUGAGUGAGAAUGGAGUCGGGACGGUCGGGGCGAAAGCUCUGUUUCGCGCGAUGGAGACGAGCGCUGUGAUGAAUUUAGUGUUGUUGAACAAUAACGUCAAGAACGACGUCAUGGGCGCCCUCGCGGCGCUCUUAAAAGCGAAGGACCAAGGUUGCGUUGUCGACCUCCACGGCAACUUGAUUCACGCGGACAACAUGGUUGAAAUCCAAACGUGGUUCACCCCAGAGUGUCCCGACGAGGCCAUACAACUUCCACUUGUACCCAACGGCACUGCUUUUGACGAAGCAAAGCGAAAGCUUUUUGCACCUCGCAACGCCAAAGGCGUCGGGAAGUUAUCCAAGGAUCCGCUGAAGGAGUUGCGGAGAGAGCGCCGGGCCAUACCGCUAGCGCGCACGCCAAAUUCUGUCAGCCACCUGCUCAAGUUGCCUGCGGAGCACGCGCACUGGCGACGGGAAAGUAAGCCAUAUCGUAAAUUCCAACGCGCAUUGUACGCUGAAAUGCGUGAACGCCUCAAGCUCGAUCAAGCGGACCAUUCCAUUCCUGAAACGAUUGGAGACCAUACGUAUUACAUAAAGUCGCUUCCGCGGUUAAACUUUCCACUAUACUGUCGACAGCACGUCAAGACCGCGAAGGAAGAAGUGCUGCUGAAUCCGAACGACAUGGACGAUUUCGGCCAGAUCGGUGUGUUCAAAGUCUCACCCGACGGACAGUUUCUUGCAUACACCAUGGACCCGCGCGGCGACGAGCUGUACGACGCAUACGUGAAGGACCUGCGAACUUCUCGCACGAUCAAGCUCCAGCAGCACGCUCGCAGCAUCGAAUGGGAUACUGUCGGAUCGCUCUACUACACCGUGCCGGACGCCAUGCACCGCCCGAGCCGUGUGUUCCGCUACCGCCACAACAGUGGUAGUCUCCCCGACACCCUCGUCUUUGAAGAGCACAACCCGAGUGUAUACGUGGACGUGGUCCUGACCAAAGACAAUCGAUACGUCCUCAUCAACGCCAAUUCAAAGCGGUCGUCCGAAGUGCACACAUUGGAUGCGGCGGAUGCCGCAGCCGUCCCGCAGCUCCUUCGCCCGCGCGACCCCGACGUAUUGUACUUUGCCGACCAUGCCACGGACGCGUUCUACAUCGUCACGAACGAUAACCAUGCGAGUAACUAUAAAGUCGUCGUCAUGCCCGACUCGCGCCGAGGCCACUGGACAGAUUUCCUUGCGCACACCGACGCCAAAGGCACCAAGAUCGACGAAAUGGACCUAUUCAAGGACUUUCUCGUGUUGUACGAAAGACAAGACGGCCUUCCCCGAGUUCGAGUCGUGCCGCUGCGUGCCCCGCACGAGGCGCACGUGCUGGCUCUUCCCCCUGAACAUGCAUGCUGCGUGCUUCAUCCGUGCCCGAAUCGCCAGUUUGACGACAACAUCGUUCGCUUUUCCCUGUCAACGCCGCUCGUGCCUGAAAUCGUGUACCAGUACAACCUCCACACACGUCACUUGGAAGUGCUGAAAGAAGACGCAGCCGUGAACUUUAACGCUGCGCAAUUUACGUGCCGUCGUGUGUACGUCGAUCAUGCGGCAGGCAUGCCGCUGGAGCGUCGAACGGACGAUGCCUCGACCGUGUCGGUGCCCAUGACCCUCGUCCACCACAAAGACCUGGUUCUCGAUGGAUGCAACCCGACGCUGCUGGUUGGGUACGGAGCGUACGGCAUAAACCUCGAGACUGGAUUCGACAUGGAGUCGCUGUCGCUCUUGGAACGCGGGUGGGUACUCGCCUACGCGCAUGUCCGAGGAGGCGGGGAGCUUGGACUGGACUGGCACACCCAGGGUCGCUGUCUGUUGAAGAAGAAUUCGUUUGUGGAUUUUGCAGCAUGCUGCCGACAUCUCGCCAAGAGCGGUAUCACGACGCCCAGCCUUCUUGCGGCCAAAGGCACAUCGGCCGGCGGCCUUCUUGUAGGGGUCGUGGCCAACGACCAUCCUGAAUUAGUACGAGCACUCGUGAUGAAUGUGCCAUUCCUUGACAUCGCCGCAACGAUGCAAGACCCGUCGUUACCGCUUACUGUCCACGAGUAUGACGAAUGGGGCAAUCCGUCUGCCGACGCUGCCGUCAGAGAAUACAUCGAGUCGUACUCCCCCAUCGACAACCUGCGCCCGCUUUCUGCACAAAGCAGCAAGGACUACCCCGCCAUGUUUGUCACCACAGCACUCAACGACAUGAGAGUGAACUUUUGGGAACCCCUUCGUUGGGUGCGUCACUUUCGCCAGAACAGGACGAAUCCUUCAAAAGAUGGCGCGCCGGUAGUGUUGUGGUGCAAAGUCAGCGACGACGGCGGCCAUUUCAAUGGACUGGGUCGCCUGGACCAGCUACAAGCCGCCGCCGACGAAGUCGUGUUCCUCCAUCAUGCGUUGCAACUCCCCGUGGAACGAGCAAAAUCGCUGCUAAUUUAA